AUGUCUGAUCGACUCUUCCUUCCGGCGCGAGAAGCGACAGGAAAACUAGAACAUGCGCCGUCUGCUUCUGACCGCGCGUCGACCGAGCCACAGGCACGCCUACCUGGAGGUGAGGAGGACUUUGCGACUUUCCCCUUCGCGAGCUUUGCCGGAGAACUCGAAUCAGUGACCCUGGAAAACAUGACUAUUCAUCCCGAUACCAUCGUUGAGCUGUUUGAGCGAUACUACGUCCAUCACCAUCCUCGAUUUCCCAUACUGUCCGCACCCUCGGUCACGUUGAGGUCUUCCAAGAAAUGGCCUCCUCUGUUCUGGAGCAUUAUCCUGGUCGCUGCGAAAUGCCGCCAGCAUGCCAGCUUGUACUCCCAGCUCAGCCAGCCGCUAAAGAGGCUUGUCCUCAGUCCCGAAUACCUCGCAAAUCGUUCAGUUGAAAUGAUUCAAGCUCUGUUGCUCCUCUGCACCUGGGCAGGAGGCGAUGACAGAAGCUGGACCGACCUGUCGUGGACUUAUAGUGGGAUUGCCACCCAUGCCGCCCUCCAGAUAGGUUUACAUCGACCGGAAUAUAGCAAUGAUUUUAUCUACGGCUCCAAAUUCGAUGAAGACGCCAUUGUUCCCAGAAGGAAAGCAUGGGUUGCCUGCUUCAUCGUUAAUGAGAUGGCGAGUCGUCGAAUCGGAGUUCCUUGCACCACACCCAUCGACCAUACCAUCCUCGAAGCGUUGUCUUCGCCCUCUCCCGCUAUUCCCUUGCGGCUGAAGCAACAACUCCAGAUCGCAUAUCUUUCAUACCGAACGAAUACUACCUUAGGCAAUUCCGACCUCAGUCCGGCAGGUGUCCUCCAGAGCUCGAUUUCGGCCAUCCACAUGUUUGAGAAGGAAUUUUCGCUCAUGGAAUCGACACACGGGGUUUUGUGGUCGCCGCACGAAGAGGUUCUGUUCCUCGGAUCGAAGCUGAACCUGUAUAUCUACGCAAUCACCUCCUCAAACACGACGACUGAAAACGGCCGACACUCUAACGUGGAUGAGUUCAUUGGCCCGGCUCUUGCGACAGGGUUGAAGCUUAUCAACAUAGCCAAUAACGCCGAAGACGAAAUCAUCUCCUGGAGCGUGCACACGAAGGAAUCGCUCAUCGCUGCGACCUUUUUCCUCCUGAUGCUUCGAGACAGCGAGCACCCGCUGGUCGACCUCGCCGCCACCAGAAAGGCAAUUGGCCAGGCGUGGAACACGUUGCACGCCUGCACCGUCACGGAGCAUGACUACCUGACGCGAACGUGCACCACUAUCUCCUACCUCAGCCAACAUCCGUUAAAGCGGGAGGGCAACGGCUUCGCGCUGAGGACCAAGUCGAGAAUGGCAUCUAGCAUCAUGUGGGACACCAUCAGACGGCUGAAGGAGCAGUUCGGGCUAGAGAAGCCCGCGCAAUCUCUCAGUGAACGUCUUGCUGCCGCGAGCGAUCGCGCCCAACCUUCCAGCGAGUUCGGCGCCCCACCGUUCCCGGAAAACCUCUCUUUCGAAUACUCGGGCGGCGACCUGAUCGAUUGGGACUCGCUGUUUAACGAGCUCGGGGAUUUCUACAUACCGCCACCAGACCUGGGGAUCUAG